AUGCCACGAGAAGUUGAGCCUUCUCUAAAUGAGAGGCAAUUCUUCGUUAAAGCGCUACAAGAAAACCUACGGAUAGAUGGGCGGCCGUUCGAUCAAUUCCGAGCCCUUGAGCUGGAAUUCGGUGAUGAAUAUGGAGUCGCGGAUGUACGGUUAGGGAAGACGAGAGUGCUCGCAAACAUCACCGCCGAAGUAACAGCUCCCUUCCCAGACCGACCUUUCGACGGCCUCUUCACCAUAACUACCGAACUAUCCCCCAUGAUCGCCCCAUCAUUCGAAGUAAUGCGCCCCUCAGAAACCGAAGUCCUCCUCUCGCGCCUCCUGGAGAAAACCCUCCGUCGCUCCGGCGCCCUAGACACCGAAUCACUGUGCCUAAUCGCAGGCUCAAAAUGCUGGUCCAUCCGCGCAGACGUGCAUGUCCUCUCCCAUGACGGAAAUCUAGUAGAUGCGUCGUGUAUCGCAGUUCUUGCUGCGUUGCAGCAUUUUAGGAAGCCGGAUACGAGUACGGAGGGGGAGGAAGUCACUGUCUAUACGUUGGCGGAGAGGGAACCUGUGCCAUUGAGCUUGUUGCAUUACCCGUACUGCGUUACCUUUAGUUUCUAUUCGGACCCAAAUGUAGCCACGGCGGGUGAAGGGGGAACUGCCGAGCAUCAAAGCGAGGUUGUUACGCUAUUAGACGCCACGCUGAUGGAAGAGCAGUUGAGGGAGGGGUCUGCGACGAUUGGGAUUAAUCGCCAUGGAGAGGUGUGCCAGAUUGCAAAGUUGGGAGGUGUGCCAGUUGAUGCUGUGGCAUUUUUGGGAUGUGUACAAAUCGCGCUGGUAAAAGUAAAGGAUAUUUCGGCGUUUGUGACUAGGCGACUAGAAGAAGAUGCCAAAAAGAGAGAUAAGGGAGGGUUAAUGGCCGAGCUUAGGGCCCAAAACGAUAGAUGA